AAUAAAUAAAUAAAUAGUACAAGAAACAAACAAACCAUAAAAACUUAAAUAAAUGGACCGGUUUCUGGAGAGAUCUUAGGCCUUGGCGUUGUUGGCAGAGGAAGGGGGACUCUUUCCUUUUCUUUUUCUCUCUGUUUUUCUUUUUUUUUUUACCCUUUAUUUUUCUCUUCAACGUUUCCCUUCACGGAAACAUAUGCUAAGGAUUCCGUGUUGAAGCUCCAUAAAAAUGUGUCCUAAUUCAUGUUAGUCUUGUUUUGAAGUUUAUAUUAUAGGUGGGUUUGGCUUGGUUUCAAGAAUGGCAAAUAGAGGAGAGAAAAACAAUGAUUUUUAUGCAGUUUUGGGGUUGAAUAAGGAAUGCACUCCAACAGAGCUCAGGACUGCUUAUAAGAAACUUGCCCUGAGAUGGCACCCUGAUCGUUGCUCAGCUUCAGGAAAUUCAAAGUUUGUGGAAGAAGCCAAAAAGAAAUUCCAGGCUAUUCAACAAGCCUAUUCUGUUCUGUCUGACGCAAACAAGAGGUUCCUGUACGACGUAGGAGCUUACGACAGUGAUGAUGACGAAAAUGGCAUGGGAGAUUUUUUGAACGAAAUGGCAGAGAUGAUGAGCCAUACAAAAUCUAGUGAAACUGGAGAGGAAAGCCUUGAGGAAUUACAGGAAUUGUUUGAAGAAAUGUUCCAAUCAGACUUUGAUUCAUUUGGGUCUAGUGGUCAGUCCACUAUGUCCUGUUCUGCUUCAUCUUCGUUUGCGCCUCAUGGUGAAAGUUCUGGCUCCAACAAGCGGAAUUCCUCUGAUAUGAGCUCUGGGGCGAUGAGGGUGGAGAGUACUUAUAACUUCAAUGUACAAUUUCACGGUUUCUGUCUGGGGGUGAGACACAACCAAGAUAUCAAGCAACAGAGAGAAGCCAGAGGAGGAAUGCUAGGAAUGGCCGGCGGUAGUAGUAGGCGGAGAAGUGGCAGGAAACAAAAGGUUUCAUCUGGCCAUGAUGUUUCUUCCAAGGACUCUGGCAUAUCUGCUUCAUCAUUCACCAGUUUACUAAUUGAUUAAUGCAAAUUCAACCUUACCAUUUUGGCCAACUUACCAUAUUGACUUGACCAAUUAGGGAGACGACGGUGCAUCCUGGGGCCAAGAUGGAGCCUGUGGGUGAGAUUUUGAUGGCCAUGGACAGUGCCAAAGGUACAAAAUCACCACCACAAGGGAGGCCAAACUAUCACAAGAAGAUUAAUUUGGAUAUUUUAUUUUAGCAUCGCGAAGAAACGAGGCAGCAAUUACAGUUUCACCUUUGUUGUCAUGGUCUGCCAUGGUUUACCACUGUAGCUGUGGUAAGCAUGUUAAAUUUUCAAUGUAUUUUCAUCUAUAGCUUUGUUAUGCUCUCUCUUAGUACUCUAUAUUGCUAAUCUAUGGGCUUCCCUUUUAGCCUAAGCUAAAUUAUUACUAUAUGCCAGCAUAUUUCGCCAAUAAGAUACAUACUCUAAUUCCAGCACAACAAAAAAAUGGAAAGAAAAAUGAAAUCAU